UCUACAAUCACACACACAUUUUCAUGGCGUAAAAACAGUCAACGGCCACCAGAAGCCACCGCGGCACCAGCAAUUUUCCUCCUCUCAAACAGCAUCAAUAAGAAAUUGAUGGUGGUUGAUGCAAAUUUAUCUCGGGCCAAGAGAGGAAAAAGUGGAAAAUCAAAGUGUUUGACACACCAUAGUCACAAAAUUCAUAGUGAUUUCAAAGUUUAUCAAUUAAGCACAUUUAUAAUUCUUCUUCACUCAACAGCCCUAUUUUAGUGGAUUAUUACUGGAAAUAGUGAAAAUUUUAGUUAAUGAUCAAAGUUAGAAAAAACAAAGUGAAAAAGUGAGUGAAAUACUGAAAGUGGGAUAACAACGUGAAAAAUAAUUAUGGAAAUUUCUGCAAAUAAUCACACCGACGGAACAGAUCACCGUGGAAAUUCACCAGGAUCCUGCUUCCCGACGCCACCAAACCACCUGAUGCCAUGGCAUCCACCACCCAAUGGAAAUGCCGCCGGAAAUGGGGGAGGAAAUGGAACAGGGGCACUACACGACGGCAAUGGAAACACCGUAAUGCCUGGCAAUGGCAGAAAAAUUCAGAACAUGAGUCUCGUGUGUGUCGUGUGCGGAGACACGAGUUCUGGCAAACACUACGGGAUUCUAGCCUGCAAUGGAUGUUCUGGAUUUUUCAAGCGUAGCGUUAGACGGAAAUUAAUCUACAGAUGCCAAGCCGGAACCGGACGAUGUAUUGUGGACAAAGCUCACAGGAAUCAGUGCCAGGCAUGCCGAUUGAAAAAGUGCCUCCAAAUGGGCAUGAACAAAGAUGCGGUGCAGAAUGAGAGACAACCGCGAAAUACUGCCACAAUUCGUCCGGAAGCACUGCGAGACAUGGAACAGGGACAUGCCCUGAGAGAAGCAGCAGUCGCCGUGGGUGUUUUCAGAAGUUUCGAUAAUAUUUUCAGCCCACCCGUGUCAUUGCUGCCUUCCAAUCGAUACGGUCCAGGACUCUUGACUCCUCCAGCCCUCAAUGCUGUCCCUGUGAGCACACUCUUCCAGAAUCCAUCGACAUUCCCUCUGACCAACAGUAUUGCAGCCCAUCACCAUGGAUCACCAUUGGGGACUACAGGAGGAACUCUGACAGGAGGGAUUAUGAGGACUGGUAGCAGCAACAGCAACCACGAGAGUGUUUGUCCACUCAAUGCCUCAACGACUUCCAGCAACAAUUCCCAGCCCCCAAAUUCCCCUCCCCUCAGUAAUUCCACCAAGGAGGCCAAUCGAGUGGAGAAUUGUGUGAAAGUAGCCCCAGAAUCGGCCAAGAGUAUGUCUUCAGUGGGAUCUGUUAGCCCAAUACCCUCAAAUGACAACGAUGGUGAGUGCGUGUUCGGGAAAAUUCAGUGGAAAGCUUAUAAGAAGUUCAUUGCCGUUGCAGAAGACUCAAUUGAUGUGACCAAUGAUGAGGAAACUGAUCGAUCACCCAAUGCAACUUCCAUGCACUGUAUAAUGCCCCCGAAGUUUUAUGGACAUCCCCAGGAAACAAUCUUCGAGACGAGUGCCAGGUUGCUCUUCAUGGCGGUUAAAUGGGCCAAGAAUUUGCCCAGUUUUGCCAGUCUCCCAUUUCGUGAUCAGGUAAUCCUGCUGGAAGAGUCAUGGGCUGAACUAUUCCUCCUCAACUCCAUUCAGUGGUGCAUGCCACUGGAUACAGCCAGUUGCUCUCUCUUCUCCUCAACCGAACAUUGCGCCAAUCUCACAAAUGCCGGCGUCAUGAAGCACACUCAAGUGGCUCAGGAUGUUCGGACUCUUCACGAUACUCUCUGUCGCUUCAAAUCUGUCCUCGUGGAUCCAGCUGAAUUUGCCUGUCUCAAGGCUAUCGUGUUGUUCAGAUCUGAGACGCGAGGCCUCAAGGAUCCAGCUCAGAUUGAGAAUCUCCAGGAUCAGGCUCAAGUGAUGCUGGCCCAGCACUGUCGCAGUCAAUUUCCCGCGCAAAUUGCCCGAUUCGGGCGGUUGCUGCUGAUGCUGUCACUGCUGAGGACAAUCCACUCGCACAAGAUCGAGUCGCUGUACUUCCAGCGAACCAUAGGCAACACGCCAAUGGAAAAAGUCCUCUGUGAUAUGUACAAGAACUAAAGAGGAAGUCAAAUGGGAGGUCAAUGUAAUUUGUCUGUGUCGAUAGUUAAUAAAUUUCGUCAAUAAACGAA